GUCUCUCCCCACGAGAUGACGUCACCGCCGGCUGCCUCUCCCGGCUUCAAUGUCUCCGCGCGCGUCUCGUCCGCUGUCCCCGCGGGAGACGCGGAUCAAGCGGUGCGGGUGGCACGCACACAGAGACACGGGGCACUGUUCCUGGCACAGCGCCGCCUCUACAGCGUCCCCACGGAGAUCACUCACGGCGACAGCCUUGAGAGCGUGGAGACGCUGACGCUACGCAUGAACCUGCUGUCCCAGCUGCCAGAAAACUUCGGAAAGAAUCUCCCAAACUUGGCUGAAUUAUACCUCCACUCCAACAACCUGCUGACCCUCCCCAAUGCCCUAGGCUCCCUGCCAUGUCUACGCGUGCUGGACGUGAGUGGGAACCGCCUCACCUCGCUCCCCACCUCCCUGGGGCAACUCAGUUCCCUCACCACACUGCGCCUCACCCACAACCACCUGCAGCAGCUCCCCACCACGCUGGGCCUCCUGCCACGCCUGCGCACGCUGCAGGCAGCGGGCAACGCGUUGUCGUGGCUGCCGGCGUCGUCGCUCCCGGCCUCGCUCUGCCACCUGGGCCUGGACUCGAACCGACUUCUCUCCCUGCCCCGCGCGCUCUGCCGCCUCCCGGCGCUCGCCGAGGUCACCGCCGCCGACAACCGCCUGCGGUCGCUGCCCAUGGAUCUGGGCCGCUCUGGGAAACUGCAGCUGCUGUUUGUGGAUGAGAACCCAAAUCUCUCACUCCUGCCCUGCUGGCUACACAACCUCACCCUGGGAUGUGUGGGGUGCGGCACGGAGGUUGGCCUGGUGAAAGAGGUCACCCUGGGCUCACCGGGUCUCCCGGACGAGAUCAGGUGAGCGACUCGCUCACCUCCACACUCGCCCACUCACCUAUACACCCACUC